AUGAGUUUUAACGAUCGGUUCAACGAAGACGACGCCAUGGACCUAGUGGAAUCCACGAUGUUGAGCGAUGGGAGAACGAGAACGAAAAGCCGUAAAGUGUAUGCUGGUGACGAUGCAGUUGUAGCUUCUGCUCCCACUAUAAGAGAUACGCGUCAAAAUUCACAGCAUGAUCAAUUAGAUCACGGAGAAACCGAUGAUCUCGACUAUGGUGACGGUCCUGGUAGCGCUUUUAAUGAAGGCUUGACAGUGUUUCGUCUGAAUGACCAUGACAUCGAAAAACAUAAAAGGAGAUUGGAAGCUCUUGAUGAAAACUGGUCCGAGGUCUUUAAGGUGCUACCGAAAGACUAUGAACGGGAGAUCCUUUGCGUUUUCAUUACCGACGCCUCAACCCUGCUUAACCAUCACUUGUUUCCGUCAUCUCCCGCCUCGCCGAGGACAGCAUUUCAUCUCCCAUUGCUUGAUUUCUAUUCUGCGCUUUUGGCUGAAGGUCAUUUAGCAGCACAAGCCUUUGGAAAUGCUUGCUCUUAUGUGCACAAGUUUGAGAAUCCUGAUAGAAUUCGAAAGACUUUAGGAAAUGCACAUACAGCAUACAUGGAGCUGAAAGAAAAAGUGACGGAUGAAAUGGUUAACGAGUUCAGCAAUAUUACUCCAAUGGAGCGAGAUGCGUGUCCGGCUUGUCCCAAGGAAGGAAAACUGUUCGUCGCAGUCGAUGGCAACAUGCAAUUGCGACGACGCAAAGCACAUGCAAAUGACACAAAAAAAGCUGAAGUAGCGACGUUUUUCUCGGCUGAUAACUUGCAUGACGUUUACGAAAAGCAUGAAGUCACCAAUGCCGUCAAUAAGCGUUGCGAGAGUGAGCUCAAAGCUGUUACGUCCGUUUCUGCUGCUGUCGAGAAGUUCUAUGAAAGUGGAAUAGUAGGCUGUGUAUGCGGCAGACACAAUGUUCCACUUCAGUUUACGAAUAUCUUUGCUUCUGGUGAAAAGUACAAAUAUGCUCUAUCUGUGCUUGCUGUUGCCACUAAGGGAUACAAAGAUGUCAAUAUUUUGUAUGAUCUUGGUUGUCGCUUUGAACCAUCAUUUAAGAAAGCAUUUCCCAAUUUUGCUCAAGCUGGAUCACAGAUGGCCGUCUCCGUUUUUCAUGCAUACGCCCAUUCAAUGUCUUGCCAGGUCGAUUAUCAUCCACGAUUCAUAAGCGGCUUUGGACUGACAGAUGGAGAAGGACUUGAGCGUCUUUGGUCCUACCUUGGAGGAUUUGUCUCAAUGACUAGACAAAUGAGCGCCAAGAGACGUCUGUUCGUUUUACAGCAUGCGAUUGUACCGAUAGGUUACGCGCUUAAAAAACGGACGAAAAGGGCAAAGGCAAUCAUCGAACAAGCGUCUGCAUACUUGCGACACAGAGCUACCCUUGUAGCUUCCGGCGGUACGCCAUGCUGGUGGUGGAACGAGGACGGGAAGAUAGAUGAGCUCAGAUUCGAAGAAGAAUGGAAGACGUACAAAGAUACCGUCCAUAAAAAAUCGAAAGAUCGUACUAUAUUCACUGGUGUCAAACCUCUAUCAGUAAAAAUACAGUAUUAUGAAGAACUAGAACAUUUUUACGCGGUUGAAGCGGAGCGCGUUACUUUAUCGAGGGAGCUUCAAGAUCCAGAUAAAUGUGCCAAUAUGACUAUGGCGGAAGCAGACGAGAAAUUUAGAUUGCUUCGAAAGCUCUCAAGAAAGCUCGAGAUCGCUGAAGACAAUGUUACUAGAAUUGAAAGGGUGCUAAAGCCUGAACGAAGAUGGCAGAUAAAUAGCACAGAAUACGCAAGCGCAAAAGAAGCAAAAGCAAAGCGAGAAAAGGAAGAUAGCCUGUAUAAACUAAAAUCACAUAUAAUCUCGCGUAAGAUGAUGUAUGAUCAGCUGCGUAAUCGAGAGGGCAAAAUAGGCGAAAGAGUAAGCACGAAAGUUAGAAGCGCAAUCAAGAAACAAAGCACUGCAGCUGAAAAGCAAUUGAAGCUAUACAAUGCUGCUUGCCAUCUGUUGUUGGAGCCUGAAGUCCAGUGGGAGGAUGUCUGUCAUCUGGAGACACGAUUUUGGGAACAGCACCAUAUAGCAGAAAGCAACGACGUCGACGUUCUCAGAGAGAUUAUGAACAUUAAGCGCGCCGAGGAAGAGCUGAUAAUGAUCGAGGACGAAGAAAAGAAUCUGGAAGUAUACGCUGCAGCACGUUAUAGCGCCAUUCAAGAUGCCAUAGAGGCGACGCAUGACGAUGGGUGGCAAGCUAUUCUUGGUGAUCUUUUGGAACAAGCUGAACGUCUCCAAUGUAAUAUCAGAAGCAGCAAACCGCGUACUGUUGGUGAAAUUUCACAGAUCGACAACGACGAACAAUACGGUGACGAUGCGGACGAUGAAUAUGACGAAGACGUUUACUUUGUCCAUGCUGAGACAUAUGAGGAUAUUGAGAAGGAACAUGACGAGCUGAUGUACGAGUAUAUGCCGCCAGUAGAUUAUACUAUGCCUGACGAAGAUAUUUCUCUGCCAGAUGCAGUACUUUCAGAAGAAACACUAUAG